AUGCUCCAGAAGAUUUGGGAGGCAGGAUUGCAAUGGAAUGAUCAGUUACCUUCAGACAUCGAUGCAGAGUGGAGAGAGUGGUGCAAAGGAGUCGCGGAACUGCAACAUAUAUCUGUUCCUAGGGUGAUAGCGAGCAACUCAUUCGCCGACAGGCUGCGCGAGUUGCAUAUUUUCGCAGACGCCAGCCCAAGGGCAUAUGGCGCGGUAGUCUAUCUCGAGCAUUUGUCCGACGACGGUUCUCGCGGCAUGGCAUUUCUACUUAGCAAAAGCAGAGUCUCACCUCCCAAGCGCCAGACAGUUCUGAGGCUUGAACUCACAGCAGCUGUUCUUGCUGCCAGAUUAUAUCGCUUUGUAUGCACUGCUUUGCAGACAGAGUUCGAUUAUGUAUGCUGGACAGAUUCCUUAAUCACCUUGCAUUGGAUCAAGGGAUCGGCAUCCAGAUGGAAGACCUACGUGGCAAACCGGGUGCGCCAGAUACAUGAGCUGACUUCUCCUGAAAGAUGGCGUCAUUGUCCUGGUGAAGAGAAUCCGGCAGACUUUCUCACGAGAGGGAUUAAGGGGCAUGAGCUGCGUGACUGUGAAGUUUGGUGGAAAGGCCCACGAUGGCUGAGCCAGCCAGAUUUAUGGCCGCACACAGCAUUUCCAGAUCAUACUGAAGGAGACGAGGAAUGCUUGGAUGCUCAGGUGGCAUUGGUCAGCUGCACGGCACAUUUACUUUCACCCGAACGUUUCAGUAGUGCCAAUCGACUUCUUAGAGUCACCGCAUGGAUACUGCGCUACGUACACAACUCGAAGCGGUCAAACGUCAAGAAAACAGGUCCUCUCUCUACUGAAGAAAUGGCGUCAUCAGAGCUGUACUGGAUCAAGGCUACUCAGACAAAGCUACUUACAGAAAGGUCCUCUCAUCUCGAGAACUUUCGCCAUUACCAGGAUAACGAUGGACUACUGCGACUACAGGGUCGUCUGCAGUGCUCUCAGCAGUCACAAGCAGCCAAGCAUCCCAUACUGCUGCCGCCAGCGUCAGAGGCUUGGUUCACGUUGCUUAUCAUACUCAGAGAGCACUUAAGGAUGUCCCACGCCGGUGUACAGGAAACUCUGCACCAGUUAAGAGAAGAAUUCUGGGUAAUCAAAGGUCGUCAGUCAGUGAAGUAUGCUCUUUAUCAAUGUCUUUUUUGUCGACGACUGAAGACACGCCCCUGCACAGAGCAGGAGGCACCCUUACCUGCCGAUAGGGUCACUCAGCAACUUGCGUUUGAAGUCGUUGGCGUAGAUUUUGCGGGGCCACUUUAUUACAGAACGGCCGAAGGGCAACGGAAAGCGUACGUGGCUCUUUUUACUUGCACAGUCACCAGGGCAAUUCAUCUUGAGCUCGUCUCCGACCAAUCCUUCGGGACCUUCCUUAUGGCCGUCAGACGCUUUGUAGCACGACGAGGUUUGCCAAAGAAGGUCUAUUCAGAUAACUUCUUAACUUUUAAGAAAGCCGCUCGAGAGGUUCCUGCCUUGUUGGCGAAUCAGUUCCAAGCGGUACGGGAGUAUGGGACACAAGCACGAAUAACAUGGGAGUUUAUUGCCGAACGUGCCGCCUGGUGGGGAGGCUUCUGGGAGCGUAUGGUACGCUCAGUUGAAGAUGCUCUCAGAAGAACACUAGGUCGGAGUCAGCUAGACUUUCAACAGUUGCUGACCGUGUUAACAGAAGUCGAAGCGAUCGUCAACUCACGGCCAUUGACACAAAUGUCAGAAGAUCCUGGCGACACCCAAGCUUUGUCUCCGUCGCAUCUGAUAUUGGGGAAGCGACUCACGGCGUUGCCGCCAAUUAAGAGACGUCAGACAGCGUGCGUAGACGCCGAACCAUUAGAAGUGCUUCAAGCAAAGGAAAGGCUCCUCACUGCAUACUGGAGGCAGUGGAACAAGGACUACUUGCUACAGCUUAGAUCUGCAAACCUGAGUCGACAUGCAACCUCCAACAGCGCUCAACCGCAUCAACUCGUACUACUGGCGGAUCAGCGGCAGCCAAGGAUGCUUUGGAAGCUAGCAAGGGUGCAGGAGCUUCAUACUGGACGUGAUGGACUUGUACGAUCGUGCACGCUCAAGACAGUCACUGGUUCCUUCAUCAGAAGACCAAUUCAGCUACUUCAUCCUCUUGAGGUCUCAGAUUUUGAGACGCAUCGGGCGGGGGAGUGUUAA